GGGACGGCCGCGCCGAGGCACCAUGCGGGCUGCGGGGCUGCUGCCGCUGCUGCCGCUGCUGCUGCUGCUGCUCGAUGUCAGCUCUCAGGAUUCUGCAGACCUAGGACAAGCCACAACCACCAGAACUGCAGAAGCCACCACGACGACCCAGCCUACAGGCUCUAGAGAGACCACACCAGCCAGCACUACACCAAAAACUACCACACUCAAACCCACCACCACUGUCACAACUCAGACCACUGUGUCAACAGCCACCCCUCAUCAAAGCAUCACCACCACCCCCAUAACCAGCCUGCGAGUGGCUCCAUCCCCCACUACUGCAUCUCCUGCCCCGGUGGCAGGGGCCGCCCUCACAGCAUCAGGGAGCACAGUGCCUGCUGCCGCCUCUUCAGCCAGCACGUCUGGGCAGGACAGCCCCUCACAGAGCACCCCUAACCCCAAAACCAGCCCUGCUACAAGCCCCACUGGUCAACAGCAGCCCGGCACUACAGCCAGUUCGGGAAGCUCAGGCACCACCACUGCUGCAAAAUCUGUCGUCAUCACUCAUGCAACCAAUUCUCCAGGAGUUACAGGGGCUGUUGGCACAUCCACUGCCACCACAGAGUCUCAGGGAAAGCAGCCUAUGGAUCAGGAUCCUAAGCCUAAUAUCACUACAAGCACCACAGUGCCGAGGACUGACUCUUCCCAAAGCUCCAAGGAGUGUGCUAUCACUCCUCCACCAUGUGCCACCAAGCAGCUUACUCCUUCUUCCAGUUUUCCAGCCCAGGGACCAAUCCCUUCCACCAGUCCUGGAAGCACCAAAAUUGUUACCCCUCCAACUGGAUCCCUGUCCCCAACCACCACUCCGAUGUCACAACAUGGCAGCAAAGACACAGUCCCAGAUGCAACCACCAUGACAGCUCCUGGGGCAGACCAGAGCACCCAGGACGCUGGACUUGCAUCAGCCAAACCCAGCAGUGCCUCCCAGAGCCCUGCCAGCGCCCAGCCUGCAGCCCCAGGCGACCACACAGACCAGGCAGAGAGCUGCACCUCUGGCCACCCGCAGCCCGACAUCUCCUCCUCAAACAAGCUCACCUGUAGAGAAGAGGUGCAACAUACCAGGCCCACCAUCCACCUGAAAGAACCCAGAACCUGUGAUGAGUGGAUGGCUGCCAGCAAGAACAACUCCUUCUUUGAGAGCUUCUGCUCCACGGCCCAGCAGGCGUUUGAUGCCAGCAGGGACUGGUGCACGGUGGUGCUGACGGCCUGUGAGAGACCCUCCCGCCACUGGGCCGUGAGGGUGGUCCUGCACUCUCCCCUGGACUCAGGAGAAGUCCUCAUGGGGCUGAUGGAGAAGAAGGACAGGUUAGAGGAGCUUGGCAUCAUCAACGUCACCUCUGACAAGAUGGUGGAGGACAUGACCAUCAAGGACGAGUUCAGCACGCCCCUGAUCAUCACCAUCAUCACCCUGGCCGGCUCCCUGCUGCUCGUCGCGGCCAUCUACGGCUGCCACCAGCGCCUCUCCCAGAAGAAGGACCAGAACAUCCACCCUGAUGUCCCCGGGUUUGAUGAUGGACAUGUGGCCCUGAUCUUUAAUCAGCGCCUGACCGAGGAGAUGCAGACCAUGGAGAAUGGCUACCACGACAACCCCACGCUGGAGGUGAUGGAGACCUCCUCUGAAAUGCAGGAGAAGAAGGUGAACCUCAACGGAGAGCUGGGGGACAGCUGGAUCGUUCCUCUGGACACCCUCAUGAAGGAGGACCUGGAGGAAGAGGAGGACACGCAUUUAUAGGAUGCAGAACUUCAUCAAGAGAAAAACAACCACCCCCCCCCAAAAAAACUCCAUAAACCCUACACACACGCACACAAAAUAAGGCAAAAUUCCCCCCCCAAAAAGCAGAAAAUCCCUUGAUGAACUAAUUGUGGCCCCUUGUGGCACCACAUGGGGUGCAGGAUGGAAAAGGACAUGAGAAGACACCUCUGGGGCACAACAACACAAGCCACUUUGGUGGCCACAUCUGGCCAAGCAUCCUCCAACCCCCACCCACCUCCCACACCAGCCAUGGGCAAACAGGGUGGCUCUGCUCCUGAAGAGCUGCUGGUGUCUCCUCCAAGCAUGUCCCCUCCCAUCCCACAUCUGACCACGCCAUCCUCCAGCUACUGAACCACUCAAAAAUCAAGAGAAAUAAAAUAAAUAGGACAGGAGAUGGAGUGCAUCUGACAGCAAAGCAGCACCUGGCAAUUACAGCUCGACAAAUCCUCUGGCCCACGCUGUUUAGUCAUCACCCUGCCCUCCCUGACACCCAGGUAGUGAAUGAAAAAAGCUGGAACAGCCUGUUCCUUUUUAAUCCAGUUUCCAGCCUCUUCCCAGAGCUGAAACGCACAAGAGCCCCUCGUUGUGCCAUGGGCAAAUGGGUGCAUCCAGAGCCAGUGGGAUGGCAGGGAUGCUGCAGUGCCAAGGGAUGCUCAGCCCCCGUGCCAAGGGCUGAGGAACAGAUCCUGCACCCACCUGGUGAGAGAGGUGCAGCAGCUUCUUGUUGGAAAGGAUGAGAUGGAGGGAGAGGGAAAGGAGGAAUUUCUUGAGUUCAUCCCUCUUUAGGAAGGGUGUGGAGAGCAAGAGUGAUGUCUGGUCUCUGGCCCAGGCGUGAUGUUGGGGGUUUUGUGGUGCAGGAGCCCAGCUCUGGUGCUGCAUUUCCCUCUGGAAGGAUCAUUUGCCUUCCAGAAAUUACACAGCAGCAUCUCACAGCCCUCACCCAUCCUCCACGAGACUGUGGGACACAGGCACCACGAUGGUUUGUGAUUUUUGAGGGCACAUUUUCCUGCACGAGCAGCAAGCA